AACGACCAAGCCAGAAUUGAAGCAGAUCAAUUCAGGUACCGUAGCCUGGCUACCAGAUACGUUCAUAACUGGCGCGAAGCCGCACGAAAGUUAGGGCUGAAGAGAAGAGGACGAGAGACUCGUAAGUUCAAGAAGGAACUUAUGGCAAGCAAGAGAGCCGAGAAGAUUGCCGAGAAGGAAAAUCUCGUGGAGGAGUUUAGAGCUUCGACGACCGCUAAGCGCCGACAAAGCCGAGAGGAGCAUGAGAGUGUGGAGAGAUUAUUGGAGGACACUGGUGUCUUGGGAGGAGUUCAUGACCCGGAGCAGAAGCUUCGUGCUAUCGUGCAGGAAGAAAUCCGCGCAGUUAUGAAUGAGUCUUCUUCGAAAAAGCGUCGACGUUAUGAGCAAUCCACCACCCCUACCAACGGACACAAGCACAACAGAACUGACGAUCCUCUCCGUCGCUCCCUGCUUUCUGAUCCUACCUAUCUCAAUGGUCAAUCAAGAAUCCACUUGAUGUCCAAUUAUGAUGAUCGAGAUGAGCAUCGCCGCCAGAAGAGCGGUGUCCAAUCUGAUUAUUGGCGACUUAAGGCGAGAGGUAUCGUCACCCUCCCCAAUGGCGUACCACUUGCGAGUUCUGCCGCCAAGGACGUUGUGCACCAGAAGCGCUCGUUCGAUGGUAUCACCAAGUCGAAGGCACAACAUUCAAAGGUUCAAGCAUGGACCCGAGGUGUACCAGCUAAGGCUCCUGUAGAGGAAGACGAUGAUGAAGUGUUGAUGGAUGGAGUUGAGAGUGAUGCGGAGGAUAAGAAGUUGAAGCAGAAGAGUCUCUGGUCUGAGGAGGAAGAGGCUUUGUUUGCCCGCAGAAAGAGACUUUGUGAGAAGAUGGAUGAAGGUGCAGAGUGGUAUCGUGAGUAUAUGAAAUUAUUCUUGAAGAGUAAGAGCCGAAGCUCCUCU